AUGCCUAGAGACCCCUUGAUUGGUAUCGUUGGAAAGCCUUCAAGCGGCAAAUCCACCACGUUGAAUGCUCUGACCGACGCAGAUGCCAAGGUUGGCGCUUUUCCAUUCACAACAAUUGAUCCUAAUAAGGCUACUGGAUACCUUCAGGUCGAGUGUGCAUGCAGCAGGUUUGGAAAAGAGGAGCUUUGUAAGCCAAACUACGGAUGGUGCAAGGCAGGUAAACGGUUUGUGCCAAUCAUGUUGCUCGAUGUUGCUGGUCUGGUUCCAGGGGCUCACGAGGGAAAAGGGCUGGGAAACAAGUUCCUGGAUGACCUCAGACAUGCCGAUGCGUUGAUCCACGUGGUCGAUGUCAGUGGAACAACUAACGCUGAAGGAAAGGCCACCAGGGGUUAUGAUCCCUUGCAGGAUAUUGAAUGGCUGCAAGACGAAAUCAGGCGGUGGAUUGAGGGAAAUUUGCUGAAAAGGUGGGGAUCUAUCGUCAGAAGACACACUGCUACUAAAUCACUUGUGGUGGAUACGAUGCAAGCACAAUUUGCCGGUUAUGGAGCUACAGGUCAGUUGGUAGCGAGGGCAAUGGAGAGGGUCUCUGACUUGCCGCCUCUCCAAGACUGGGACAACGAGUGCAUCACGAAGGUGGUCAAGGCGUUCAUGGCAGAGAAAUUCCCCACGGUACUUAGUUUGAACAAGAUUGAUCACCCCGACGCAGACAAAAACGUUUCCAAGAUCAUGCUCAAACACCCAAAUACCAAGGCCGUGUUGACCUCGGCCAUAACGGAGGUCUUCCUGAGAAAGCUUUCCAAACAGAAGUUUGUAGUGUAUGAUGAAGGCACAGAAUUCGUGGACACUCUUGAGGACUUAGGUCCCGAAUCGGGAUUGAAACCCCUUGAUGAGAAGCUGCUGAACAGGAUAGAAAACAUUAGGGACUUGGUUCUAUACAGGUUCGGUUCCACUGGAGUGGCUCAGGUGUUGAAAGAGGCAGCCGCCGUGCUGGAUCUGAUUCCGGUUUACACGGUGCGGAACAUGACCACUUUCACUGGUAACUCCGGCACCAAUGUGUUCAGAGAUUGCACGUUGAUCAAGAGGGGAACCCAGGUUGGCCAGGUAGCCAGGCACAUCAUGGGCGAAGUAACAGUGGCCUCCAUUGAAGGUGUAGGAGGAAAGAGGGUCAGCGCAGACGACUCCAUCGACGUUGGAAAGAACGACAUCCUAUCCUUCAGACUUGCACAUAGCGGUGGGACUACGAUGAACUUUUGA